AUGGUAGCAGUCAGCAAGCCCGGUCUUGGUUUGUACCUGCACCAGGCUCUCCAGAAUCACUCUCUGUACAUGCCAGAGCGCAGAGGCCGUGUGUCUUCUCCCGUUCGACAUCAAAUUUUCUCCAGCCGCCGGUACUUGAAAGCUGCGAGCUUCCCCCACGCACAUAAUUAAGGUACUCCAAUGUCAGAGACUCCAAUGCACGCAGACUUGGGACAAUCGUUCCCGCCAUUUAGACGAUAGCAGUUAUUGUUUUCGGCGAGAAGUUGGACUGUGACUGAACUAUUUCUCCAAGCAAACAUCUUCUGGCACUUUAGAUAUACGUAUAGAAUUCCAACCAGCCUGAAGUAGCAAGGAAUGACUGUUUUCUAGGCGCUUCGUGAUUUAGAAGGUCUAGUGUUGUCGGAUCCCAUGGCUUGGAAAGGAUGCAAGAAUUAGACGUUUCUCUGUGGAGGGUGCCUGAAUCGAGAGCUGGGAAUGGAUUGAACUGAUCAGGUCGGGUACAUUCCACGGCUGGCCGAGUCGCGGAGUUCAUCCAUCAUCGAUCAACCAUCUCCGAGAUCAAGUCACCUGUCAAGACAAGAUGGGGGAGCCUCCGAUGCGGAGAGCAAGCUGGGGAAGAAGCAAUGCAAUCCUCUGGGCUUCUUAUCUGUGCUCGAUCGCCCUAGUCCUAGUCCUACCAUAUCUAACGCAGCCGGCCAGUGCGGAUCCGGUCCUGGCCUCGGGCCGUGGCUUCUGCAAGCCCGUCACGCUCCAGCCUAAAGGAAACGAGACAAACAGAACCGAGCAAUGCUGUCAUAUGCGUCCGCGGCGACACCCCAUCCAAUUCCAAUUCCCCAAAGUGAAGCGUUGGCGCGUGCGCAGGCCUGCGCAUGAGCUGGCCAACGAUGUGGAGUACGUGAACAAGUAUAACCUGGCUUACGAGAGAAUGAACGCGCUGCCCGCUGACGAUCCCAGGAGCUUUCUCAGACAAUGGCACGUUCACUGCGCCUUCUGCAGGGACGCUUACCUGCAAAGACGGCUGAAUUUCUCGGCCACAGGAUUUCCCCUGCAACUGCACUACAGCUGGACCUUCCUGCCAUGGCACAGGAUGCUGAUCUACUUCCACGAGAAGAUCCUGGGCAGUCUGAUCCACGACCCCGACUUCACUCUCCCGUUCUGGAACUGGGACAACCAGCUGGACGACACUGCGGCCCAAAUUCCGCAGAUUUUCCUGCCUUACAAUCAAACGCAAAGGCAUGCACGAAGGCAUGCACGAAUCAGGAACACGUUCCUGUACCAAGGCAAACACCGCAACGCCGACCACAUGCCCCCGGAGAUUCUUCCGCUAGCCUGGGAGGCGCGGCGCGCGAACUGGACGCGCGACAAGAUAAGGGAGGAGAACCUGCACCAGAUGUACACCAUGGUCGUCGAUAAGAAGAGCGCCAGAGAGUUCAUGGGAGGCCCGUACACCACCAACACAAACAUCACCGACCCGCAGCAGCCCGGCGUUUCCGUGGGUGAGUCCGGCAGCUGCGAGUCGGUGCACGAUCAUGCUCACGAAUGGGUGGGCCUGUCCGGGAACACCGACCAUCCCGACAACGAGGACAUGGGGGUGUUCACGUACGCAGGGCGCGACCCGCUCUUCUACUCUCACCACGCCAACAUCGACCGUCUGUGGAAUGUCUGGAAAGCUCUUCCACCGGGUGAUGGGCAGAGGAAGCGGAAGGAUUACGAUGAUCACGACUUCCUGGAGACAGUGUUCGAAUUCUUCGACGAGAACCAAGGCCUGGUGCAGGUGAAGGUAAAGGAUACGCUGGACAGCCGCAAGCUGGGCAUCCUAUACCAGCCCAUGGUCCAAUCAGACAGCCUGUGGAUCAACCACAAACCCAACGGGACCACGCCCAGCUACAACAGCAGCGACGUGAGGGUCAGCACCAGCAAUGCCAUCGGAAGGCAUCCCACGAGCUUCAAGGUGAAACGCCGGGCUCCCACCACGGCCGAUCUGCGAGGCACGCAGGCCCAGAACGUCGAUCAGCUGAGCGAGACUGUGGUGCUGGAGCACGUCCGCGUGCCCGAGCUCAUGUACUUGACCCUCGACGCUUUCAUCGACUCGCCCACGGCUACGGCCGACACGGACGAGGACUCGACGGCCUACGUCGGCUCCUUCACCCACCUGCCCAGCGGAGUGCCGGCUGUGGCGAAGCUCCGCGCCGACGAGGACAUGUACCGCACCCUCAACAUUCGCUUCAGCACUUCUCUGGCCUUGAGGCGGCUGGGGAUCACCAACUGGACCACGGACAUAACCGUGACUGUCGUGCCCAGAUUCCGAGAGCAUGGCUUCGGCAGCAACAUCCAGGCCAUCCGCUUCGACCGCAUCAGGCAAGAUUUCACGUAAUCGUAGAGUUCGCAGAAUUCGCAAAAUUCCCCCGCGCGCAUGCACUUGCUCGUGCCGCUUCUUUAUGAUCUGGAAUAACCACCUUUCCGGGACCGAAGGAUGACACUCGAACUGCAGUUUCCUCUACUUUUUCAGGUAAUCUGUAGGGUCGUCUCCCUAGCUAGUGAUAAUAAUGCAAGCUAGCGAUAAUAAUGCAAUAACCACCUUUCCGGGACCGAAGCAUGACGCUCGACCUGCAGUUUACUCGACUUCUCAGGUAAUCUGCAGGGUCGUCUCCCUAGCUAGUGAUAAAAAUUCAGUGUCCGGCGACAAGGUAUCAGGUGUCGUCUCGAUUUAUGCUCGGCCCCGCCAUUUGCAGGAGUCUUUCUCUGAGAUCCAAAUUUCACUCAC